UCUCCACGGUACAUUGCAGAAGAUUUCUUUGUAUCGAGAUGGAGCUCUCGCGCCAUGCUCCAUGGCAAGCAGGCAGGGAGGGAGGCGUAUGAAUUGUUGUUAUAGACGGGACAGGCUGCUUCAAUCUCCACAUAGAAUUCUUUUCAUGCGAGACCAUUAGAGCCCUGCUUUGGUUAGGGCACGGCAUUCAAUUAUCGCUGUCGCCAUUUCUCGGUCCCGCUGCUUCCUCGCAUCCUGCUCCUUUCCUAUGGCUUGCUUUCUCUAUCCUAAUCUUAAUUCUGUACCGUUCGCAGUUGCAGCAGCUAGCGCUUUCCCGCGUUGUUCCUCUCGUGGACCUGUUUUUAUAACCUCGCUCAUCCCCGCUUCGCGCUCAUUUUCACAGCCGAAGUGUGAUUGUGUGCACGUUCGAGCGAUUCAGGGCGAAUUAAGUGAAUUAUGCGAGGUAGGUCGAAGCAAGAAGGUGAAGCCGUUUGCGUACAAUCGUGCUAAACCGGAAGAGAGGUGGCCGCAUAGGAGUGACGUAUUGAAUCGACAGCGGAUUGCAAGAGAGUUGGAGAAUGUAGGUCGGAUACCACCUCGGCUUGUGCUAGACUGGGAGGAAUUGUGCCGCUCGGAUGCGAAAGUAGGAGAACAUGAAGAGGGCGACCAAUAUGUGAGUAAAGAGGUACCGACGGCGAUGGCUCGGCGACUUCAGAGGGAAGAGGGGAUUAGGAAAAGAGAGGCGCGUCGUCAGCUGCAGAAGGCACAGGUCAGGAGGCUUCAAAGUAUGUCCAAAUUGGCUCUGAGGAAAGUGACGGAUUGCAAGAACAGAGGAAUUAGGUUGUCCACUGCGAUUUGUAACUUGGAGUUAGCGAGGCCAAUUACGGAUGUGCUCGAUGGCUGGCCAGAGCAGCUCAAUAAUGAUGAAAUGUCUGCUGUGUUGAUGAACAUAGGAGACCGAAAUUGGAAACGGGCGCUAGAAUUUUAUGAGUGGCUGAAUCUUCGAAAAUUAUACACUCCUAAUCCACGCCUGCUUGCAACGAUCAUCCACAUCUUAGGCAGGGCUAAUCAACCGGAAGCUGCGCAGGAUCUUUUCUCUAAAACUGAGUUGGAGUUGACAUCCUGCAUACAGGUUUACAAUGCAAUUUUAGGAGUUCAUGCCAAGCAGGGGCAUUGGCAGGCAAUGCAGCCUAUUCUCGAGCGUAUGGCGAGAGUAGGUUGUGAACCUGACAUUAUCACCUUCAAUACAAUUGCAAGCGCUCGAUGCAGAUAUGGAUUGCAGCCCGGCAUGGCAUCCGGUCUCUUGAAAGAGAUUGAGAGUGCAGGUCUUAGACCAGAUAUAACAACCUACAACAUUCUGUUAGGUGCAUGUUUUUCAAAAAAUUAUAUCACAGAAGCUAAAGAGAUCGUCAAAGACAUGGAGCAACAUGGUUUCGAUCAAAAUUCUUGUACGAGCUACGUUUUAGAGAAAAACCAUCUGACGUCAGAUGGAGAUGAUCUGCACGUAUCGAAACUGGUUGAAACCUCUCAGCAGCAGGCUCGUAGCAGCAACGGUGUGUGGAGUUCUUCAGUUGAUAUUGCGCAGCAGGCAAGAGCAUCAAUGCAUAACUCAGGAGAUUGGUGAAACUUCGUGAAAUUCUCUCUGCAAAUUCAACAGGGACCAGAGAAUUUUUUUGAUUAUAUCAAAUCAAGAGAGCCAAGGAUGUGCUGCGUAAGGAAUGGAUCUCAUCGUACUGGAGGGGGAUUGUUGACAGCUUUGGGCUGCUCUGGCUGACCGUUAUCUCUCCCGUUUGUUUUCGAGAUGAUCAUACUUAUAAUGGAAAGGGAUGCUCCAAUAGUAGAGGUGGAAAGUUGAUAAAGUAACCUGCAAACCACAGCAGCUGAUGCUUAACAGGACAUGCUCAAUUUUCUGGUAGAUAUUCUUUGGGCAUUUAAACUACGUGCAACUGCCAGUCUUACAUACUCUCUUGCAGUAUUUAACUUAUUUCCAAGAAAUUGUGUCAGGUACGCACAAUCGUGAGCUUUCAGUUAUCUACCAAAAUGUUGAUGUCUGUUCUGUACUAUGUGGAGGCAGACUUUACGAAUAUUUUAUGAAAUUUCUGCGUCAAUUGAUAUUUAUGUCGAUUAGCUGUACAAGUAGAAAUGACUUGCGAUUGACGGUACCUUCUUCAGAUAGGCAGGGUGUAAGAACAACAUUGGGAAGCUUAUUUCGAUUCAUGUCACUAGGAACAGCUUUAGUUACUCUUAGUCGGUGGUUUGUUAAGAUUAGAUUAUUUUUCAUCCUGGCAGCCAGUGUUAUUGCUAUGCAAACAAUCACCAAGAACAAAUGACAACCAUCCACUGCUGUACAUUGAUAUUGGGAAACUUACGGCUUUAUGAGACCAUGCACGUUGUCUCGUGAGGACCGUCACAUCAUGCUGUAGGAAAUCACGACUGCAAAGGGAAAGCACACAUGAACAGUCUAGUUGUUUUGGAGGUUUCCGUUUCUUGCUUCGCAUACGCAGGGCAGUUAAGAAUCUUUGUUUUGCUCUUGUAUUGCGAUUAGGCGCCUGAGUCCAUGUGGGACGCAACGUUUUGUUCUACCUAUUCUUCACUGUCGUUGUGUGUGGAUCCUCUAUUUUUGAGGUUAGUAAGGGUACUUGGCGAUGUGCUGUGGGUAGUCUCCAAACUCCUUGGUAUGGUUUUUAUUGAUGUUGCCAUUUUUGGUGUGUAGGUUGUGUGUUAGUUUUGCCGUUGUUUCUGGCCUUACACCAUUGUUUGUUGUCAGGACUUUCCAACCUUUUAACAUCUAACUACCUCUAAGUACUGAAUAAUUCCCAGGUGCUAUGUGUAAUGUGCAGGUUGGAGUUCCGACGUGGACAGAUUGGCUCCAAAUUUUUGGUUCUCUGUUACAUCAAGUCUUUCCAUUACCAGUUUGUGUAGUGUUAGUAUCCGUGGAACUUCUUCCGAGGUAGCUGUAGUCACCUCAUUAUUUCCAUCCCCGCCAACCCCAGAGUUGACGAGGGUCCCUAGUUUUGUUCCAACUCUUUGAUAGUGUCUUCCUCUUGUGGCUGCAACUCCGCUACUUCUGCGGUUGUGUUGACCUUUCCUCACCAAACUGUUGCUGCUAGGUUUAACACUUACCGUUUGCUGGAAAGGUGCUAGUCUAUUCAGCCCGGAGGAGUUAGGCUGAAUGAAAAGCUCUGUAGUUUGAUGUGAUACAGCUAGCUUGCUCAUCACAGACAAGUAUGGCUGGAUGACGGGCCCUAUAGGGGGAAGAGACCUGAUUAGGGCGAGGCCCUGAUUCCCCUGCGGCCAGUUUGACCUUCCCUUGUUAGGUUUAUGACGACCUCUUUUCAAUACGAUGGUGAAACAUCAUCAUCCUUAAUCUGGGCUUGUGCUUUA